AUGCUAAUUCCGUAUGAAGAGUAUACGAAGCAUCCGCCAGAUAGCGAAACAAAGAUUACACAACCUCCUGCGGCAAACGAUGACUAUUACAAUCCUCUAGAAAGCAUCAUCGAGACACUGGACAUGCUCAAGAACGACUUCGCUACCCAGAAGUACUGCGACCUGAAAAGCCUUUCGGCCGCCCUGACAGUAGGAUUGACAUCCAACGAAGAGGGCUCAUGGGAUCCCAUCAACGAGCAAAAUUCAAUGCAACACUACUAUAAUUUCUGCGCAUAUCGCUUUGCCAAGUCCAAAGAUACCACGAGCCCUAAAACAAAAGAGAACGGAACAUCAACCCAGUCUUCCUCCCAGGACCAUGAGAAGGGUGACGAGGAGCACUACAUGACUGAUAUCCGUGCCGAAAACACCCGCUGCUUCCUAACUCGCGACGGACGACUAGGACUCGGACCGAGAAUCACUGAGGGAGGCGACCAGAUCUGGCUUCCUAUGGGCGCUGAUACGCCUUUUGUGCUAAGACCGCUUUACAAUGGCGAUUUCAAGAUUCUUGGACAGGCGUACUUGCAUGGCGUUAUGCACGGGGAGGCGGUUGCGGAUUUGACUGAGGAUGAUUUUGAGGCUGUGAAGCUGGUUUGA